AUGAAGCUCACCGUCGCUUCGCUGCUCCUCUCGCUCUCCCUGUUCGGCACCGCCCUCGGCGCGACAACCGAUGACUGGAAGACGCGCACCAUCUACCAGAUCAUCACCGACCGCUUCGCCGUCAAUGGAACGCCCGGCAGCUGCCCCAACGGCAGCCGCGACUACUGCGGCGGCAGCUUCCGUGGCAUCAUGAGCAAGCUUGAUUACAUCCAGGGCAUGGGUUUCGAUGCAGUCUGGAUUUCGCCGAUCGUCAAGAACGUCGAGGGCCAAAGUUACCACGGCUACUGGGCCCAGGAUAUCAACCAGAUCAACCCGCACUUUGGCACGGCCGACGAUCUGAAGGCGCUUUCCGCCGAGCUCCACCGUCGCGGCAUGUAUCUCAUGGUGGACGUCGCGCCGAACCACAACGGGCCUCAGUCGUCCGGCGCCGUCAGCUCGGACUCGUACUAUUCGCUCUACGCUCCAUUCAACCAGAAGGCCUACUAUCAUAACUAUUGCACUAUUAGCAACUACAACGACCAGAACAACGUCGAGCAGUGCUGGCUCGGCAGCACGCCCAGCGACGCGCUCCCGGACCUCAACACCGAAAACUCGUUUGUGACCAGCACCUACUACAGCUGGAUCAGUAACCUCGUCAAGUCGUAUCAGAUCGAUGGUCUGCGUGUGGACACAGUUAAGCAUUGUCCACGGGCCUGGUGGCCAGGCUUCAAGAGCAGCAGCGGUGUCUUCAACAUCGGCGAGGUCUUCUCCGGCGACCCCGCCUAUGUCAAGCCAUAUCAAGACGCAGCGAUGGAUGGGCUUCUGAACUAUCCUGUCUAUUACCCCCUUCAACGGGCGUUCCAGUCCACUAACCGUGGCUUCGGUGAGAUGAAACAGAUGGUCAACACGAUCCGUUCGACUUACCGUGAUCCGCUGGCGAUGGGAACGUUCCUGGAUAACCACGACAAUCCCCGUUUCGCCUCGACGGUCACGGACAAGAUGCUCGUGCGUAACGCCAUGACCUAUAUCCUGGUCGGCGACGGUAUUCCUGUACUUUACUACGGCCAAGAGCAAGAUUACUCGGGCGGCCAGGACCCGUACAACCGCGAGGCGCUGUGGACCUCGGGCUACAACACGAACACGGACAGCUACAAGUACAUCGCUGCCGUGAACAAGCUGCGCAAGUUUGUCAAGAACCGGGCCGACAAGCCGCUCACGACGCAGCUCACCUCGCUGUUCGACAACAGCGGCAGCUGGGCGUUCAACAAGGGCAACAUGCUCGUCGUGCUCAGCUCGGCCGGCCAGAACGGCGGCACGCAGAUUGUCAGCAUCGGCUCCAGCAGCCUGCCCGCCGGACAAAUGACCAACGUCAUCAACUGCGCCACCAUCAACGUCAACAGCGGCGGCAGCGUCACGAUCCAGCUCAACGGAGGCCAGCCGGCCAUCUUCUACCCGUCCAGCAGCCUCGGCGGCUCGGGCAUCUGCGGAAAGUAG